GUACGACAAAUUUCAGCACUCACGACUUACAUCAACCCGAAUCCUUGUUCACUACCUCCAGAGCCGUAACCACAUAGAAGGUCAAAAUGGACAGAUACGCAGAGACCACCGUCACUACCGAAUACGACUCUGCGGAUAGCGAUGCCAGCUAUCCCACCGAUGAUCUUGAGGGGUACUACGAGCAUGACCAUCAUGGUAGCCGUAGAAGGCGUCCCGAGGUAGCGAGAAGUGGAAGGAAGUCUUUCAAGGAGCCAAGUCCCCACAGAAGGAGGUCACCAAGGAGUAAGCUCCGUGGUAGAAUGCAUUGUGGCUGCGGUGCUGAAGCCGUGGUGGAACUGUCUGUCGACGACACUCUGGAUUCUGAAAACGACAACGGCACAGUGUCUGACCACGAGGAUAAGCGUUCACGCUCUUACACAUGUCAUCACACGCGGCAAGCUUCCAUGACCACGGAAAGGCCCAGAAGAUCAAUCUCAAGAGAGGUCGAACCAAAAGUCAACAAAAAGGAUAAAGCCCCCAGGAGGACAGUGGAUCCGUACAUCGAAGAGUACCCGGAUGAGCCAAACCAGCCUGUGACGCCUGUACGGGAUUACAAGGCCCGUGAUCGACGAUUCUCAACAUCUGACUCCAAGAGGUCUUCUCGCAGCAUGGAAGAGCCAUCAUCGACAAUCUCGACUCGUUCGCGGGCUGGAACCAUUACCUCUGACUCAAAGAGACUGUCACGAGAAAUGGAGGAACCUGUGGUACCUGUUUCAGCUCGUUACCAUCGUGGCCCUUCAAUUUCUGAUACAAGAAGACUCUCCCGGGAUGUGGAAGGACGCAUGCGUUCCAAUUCGAGGCGCCCUCAGCGCGGAACCUCAAGAUCGGACACUAAAAGGUUAUCACGGGAACUGGAAGACCGUGGCGGCUCAACCGUGUCCAGUCGCUCCCGAGGCGGCUCUUUGACCUCUGAUACAACGAGGUUUUCUCGAGAUAUCGAAGAUCGUGUGUCAUCUGUCUCGGGUCGCUACCAAAGAGGUACCCCUGUCACCGAGAAACGCCGAUCAGAAGGCGGUUCAUCCGUGUCAUCCAGACUAUCGAGACAAACUGCGACGUCAACUGCCUCGCCUCAAGAUCACCCGAGAAGGUACUCUGAGCUUGCUGAGCCACGUCGCUUUGUUGAUCCACUUUCGGAUUCUGAGCAGGAAAGCACAAUCUCGAAGCGUACCGAAUCCACCAUAGGCCGCUCGCGAUACGAAUCGUCAGCUAGAGAUGUACCCAGAAGUAUGGCUCGAAGGGGUUCAUCGAGAGCUGGGCAGCCGCCUUCUCUCCAAUACUCGUCAACCUGGCCCAUGCGGGCACCAGGACUUCACCCAGAUGGCGACCAGUCCUCUCAUGGACGUCACUACGACAGCACCGAAGACAGCGACUAUGACUUCAUCAACGACCCGCGGUUUGAUCCCGUCACCCACCGGAUCAUUCGACCAAGCCCUCCGCGUGCGCCUUCACCACCUCGCGCCCCUACCCCUCCUAAUAUUAGCACUGACGAUGAGCCCGAGAUCGAUGAGUACCCAAGAAGAUCACGGGCGCCUCGCGAACCUAAGGAGUCCAGAGGCCCAAGGUUGAAGACAAUCCUCAGCAAGGCCAGCCUUAACGCCUUGAACAAUGAAACUCGAACGUCCACCGCUACUGAUCUCUGUGAAGUCUGGAGAGCUCAUCCGGAGGACUGGGAGUCCCCUUAUUCUUCCGUCCACCUUGGAAAUGCAGGUGAUGAGAGACCGGAAUCUAACAACGAGCCGAUGAUGAUGUUGGAACUCGAGGACAUCGAGGAUGAAAAGCCUGGUAUGGCGCUGGAACUUGCUUCCAAAUUUCCGCCAGCGAAGGAGUCUGAGACUGUCACAAGCGAGCCCACCUAUUCGCGUGGCUCAUCUCCCGUGUACGGCAGCCAAAAUCCGCGGUCCACGACGGAUACCAUCAACACAGAUCUGAUGGCAUUGAAUCUGUCCCCUGCUACGCCUACGCAUUCUAGACCACCUUCCAGACCGCCCUCGAGAUGGAGCACCACAGGGGCUUACGAGUUCCCAUUGACUCCGCCUUCGAGAAGCAUGUCGCCAUUAUUUCACACUUGGAGGAACAGGGAUCGGUUGCCUUCUAAGCUCGACGAGAAUGUGACAUCUGAUUACGAGGGCUGGGGCAGCAGUAGGGAGCCGAGGAGUAUGUUGACUGCAGAUUAUCAAAGCAGUGUAGCCAGUGGGUGGUAGAAGGUUGUGCCGCAUAUAUCGGCGCGUCGGCGAGACUGCAACCAGAUCAUGAGUGAGCAUUUCCUUGGAGUUUCAUGAGCAUUUGGAUAUUUGCUGCUGGUCAAGGUUGAAUAUGUCAAACAAUUGUCUGUGAUCGUUCGUUUACAAGGGCACCGUACGUUACCUAGUCUGCAUUUCGGCUACGAGUCUGUCAUUCAUCGAUGAGGUUGGGUGCUUUUGUCCUGUCAUCACUCAGUCUACUGUUGAAUUUUGAGGUGGCCCGUAUUUCCAGAGAAUGUCGUUGCGAGAUGAUAUCAUA